UGGCAAUGGCCCAUCAAUACUGGUUUAUCACAGAGGCAGCGUGAGCUACCGAGCUUGGGCAGAGAAAGCUAGCUAGGGUUUCCUUCCACAAUGAUUUACGACGUCAAUUCUCCUCUCUUCCGCUCAUUCCUCAGCCAGAAAGGCGGUUCCUCCGAUAAAAGGAAAAUGGAGGAACAGAGACGCAAAGCAAAUGAGAACAAACCAGUUAUGACAGAGUAACAGAUGCUUUCCCUCUAGUAUGCUUUAAGAUGGAAAAGGUUGGUGGAUGUUUUAGGAUGGAAACGCUACCAUAAUGGUUUUUCUUCUUUGAAUUGGAAUGAACAUAUUCUUAUCUGGCUUUUAAGCUUGUAUUUACAUGUUGCUAUGGAUGUUAUUUAAGUUCGUGCUGGAAUAUCCGUAGAUUUAUUUGCAAUGGGGGCAUUAAUGAUUUAAUUCUAUCAAUAGAUUUGUAUUU